AUGAAUUAUUACCAGGUGUCAUCAGCAGCACCAUCACUACCGCCACCACCACUAUAUUAUCUACCACACACCAGCCAUUAUCCGCUCGAAAGGAAAGACGAAAUGUGGCGAGAAGUUCAUAUUUGUCCACUUUUACUUCUUUCAUUGCUUGGAACAAUAGCUGAAACAAAGAAGGAAAAUCUGGUAACCGAAUUUGUGAAAGAAUCGGGAUCAUCCAUUUUUGAUGGCAAAGAGAAUAUAAAAUUUGCAAUAUUAAUCGAAUCAAAAGAAUCCGAAGAUUAUGAUGAUCACUUGGACGAAUUCCAGAAAACUGCAGAGAAAUUCGAAGACAUGGUUCGAUUUGUAUAUAUCAACUCAGAUAUAGAAGAAAACUGGCAAUUAAUAGAAUUUCUUGGUUUAAUAGCGGAAGAUGUGCCGUGUGUGUUAUUUGUUGACCUUGAGAAGCACUUCAAGAAGUAUAAAGCGGAAAUUAAAGAAAUAGCAAAAGCAGAAAUAAUCUCAUUCGUACAAUCAUGUUUGGACGGUAAUGCAAUACCCUUCUUGAAAAGUGAAGAAAUUCCUGACGACUGGAAUAAAAAACCUGUGGUUGAAUUAGUAGGGAAAAACUUCGAAGAGCAAGUAUUCGAUUCGGAGAAAACGACCUUUGUAUUUUUCUAUGCACCAUGGUGUGAAGCAUGCCAAAAAGCGAUGCCAGAAUUAGAGAAACUUGGCGAACUAUACAAAAACAAGAAAAAUUUGGUAAUCGCCAAAAUGAACUCAAUGAAUAACGAAGUGUUCGGAAUACCGAUACUUGACGUACCUACUAUAGCGCUAUUUAUCAAAGGAUCGAAAAAGCCUAUUUACCACACGGAAGAUGAACGAACGACAAAUAAUUUCUCUGAAUUUAUUACAACAAAUUUGAAAAAGAACGAAGAAAACAGUACGGAAAAACAUGAGAAAAGGAGCAAGAAGGAAAAAACCAGUAACGGGAAAAAGCAGUUGAAAAGUAAAGAUAAGGAACAAGUAAGCAGAAAGGAUGAACUCUGA